ACUCUAGAGUCAAGUGGAAAGAUACCUGAACCUAUUAAACACGGCAGACACACUUCAUCGGAUAAAAUCUAUGUAGAGUGAUACUGCUGCACCGUGCUGUUACGAGCCAUCUAUGGAAACGGGAAUAAAUAUGGUGAUAAGAGAUGUUAUGUACAGCUAUUGAUCGAUCCUUCUACCAAUGUGAUUUAGUCACCAGCGACAAUUAAAACAUUCCAUCCCAGUUUUGGACGAUGUAAGGGCAACAGCUCAAGGAGGAAAUAAAAGCUAGACGGUCUUGUUGAGACUCUAUUGAUUACAGAGGGGCUUUAGGUGUUUGUUUUGUCGUGAGAGCAAUUGAUCUCUCCAGAGAUUUGAUUGAGAUUUCAUGAUGUGUUAUAUUGAUUGCGAAGAAAGGUGAAUCAAAAUUUCUGAAGCUGGAGGAGGCAACAAAUCGCAAUUUCCUUUGAACAGGGUGUAUGUGUGAAGAAGAACCAUUAAUAUUCUUCCAAAUUAUGUUCAGGAAUCAGAUUUCAUGUAUUAUUUCGAAAUGAUGCUUGAUUAAGUGAUGUUGCAAGACAGAUAUUUGCGCAUUUUCUCUUUGCCUAUAUGUCACAGAAAACUAAAAAAUGUCUAGUUUGCGAUUACGUCAGGAAAUAAAAAGCAGACGAUCAAGGAGCAGACGUAUUGAAUCAGGAUACCAACAACAUCAAAAUGGUUUACAACCAUUGAGCAACGAGAAUUCUGAGCCCGACAUCAUAGCCUGUAUCGAUAUUGGUACAACAUAUUCUGGAUAUGCGUUUGCGUUAAGAAAAGAUCUUGAAGAAGACAGACUCGGUGUUCACGUGAACAAAGAAUGGAUCUCUGGAAACUCCAAACUGACGACGCUGAAAGUUCCAAGUACGGUACUAUUGACCCCCGAAAAGAGGUUCCAUUCGUUUGGCUACGAGGCGGAAUGGAAGUAUGGACAAUUAGCUGCAGACAAAAACCACCUCGGGUGGUAUUACUUCAGAAAGUUCAAAAUGACGAUGAUGCAAUCUGAG